CAAGAUGGCGGUCUCAAUGGUUCUGUUCGUGUUCGUGUAUGUAUUUGUCAUGAGAAUUCUUUACAAAUCGUCCGGAUUUCUGGCUGACUGGUUGCCAAGACUUUUGAUGAGUAAACGACAGAAUAAGAGUCACGUGAAAGACACAAUCACGGAACUGAAGAAUGAGCAAAUUAAGAUAAAUGCUCAGGAUGAGUUUGCUCAAUACAUGCGCCUUGAUAGAAAAAUUAAGAAAUUGACUGAGGAGCUGUCACAAACAGUGAAACAGAGAAGUGAGAAGAUAUUGCAAAUAAGAAAAAUUUUAACAGUAAUAUUCAUGGGACUACUGGGCAUUUGUCAUAUAACAUUUCUGAUGCUGUACAGAAAGGAGCCAGUGGUGUUGUUACCUGUGGAGUGGUUCUAUCCACUUAACACUAUUUUAGCAUUCCCUACUGGAAUACCUGGGGCUGUUGGACUUCCAUGCUGGAUAGUUACAUCAAAUAAAAUCAUCUCAACUGUACUAUUUUGAGAUUAGCGAAGACAUAACUAUACUAAAGGUGGUAAGAGGCAGUAAAAACUGAGACUGAAAAGAUGUCAGUUCUGCUUUGCAGCCCAGCCCUUGCUGUGGUCUGAUUGGAAGAAUACAUAACCUGCCUUCAUGAUGCUUAACGUUGGAGAAAAUGCACUGCAGUGAGAGCUAGAACACCAUGGUCUAAUUACUUUCAAGUAAUGGAUGAACCCAGAUUUGAGGGGGUGGGGGUGGGGUGGGGAGGGACUUCAUUUACUAUCCUGAUGUAAGAGUGUCCCCACAAGAUAACUGAAACUAUCAUUGAAAUGUGUCCAUCACUGAAUAAUGACAACAGUGCACCCUUAGCUGUACGUCGUGCUGAAGUGAGAAAGUCAGUCAUACAUGUUGUGCGGGCAAACAAAGGGCCAUUCUGAAAUGACUGUAAGAUGUUUAUUGUCUUCUGUAAUAUUCAGAAACAAUAAGUAGCGCCAAGAAAAAUUGUAAUCAUGUGCUAAUUCUACAUAACAUUCGAAGCGAUCCUAAAGAAAUCGCCAGGCGUUACACUCACUCAACGGGACAAUAGAGCUUUUUUUUCUUGCGUAGGAGGCAGUAGCCAUGAAAAGCCCAACUUCAAACUUGUAAUAUUAUUUGAAAAAUUAUUAAAACGAGGUAAAAAACACUCA